CCUAUUUCUAUUAUAUCUCCCAUUUUUAUAUAUAAUACUUAUAUUUCUAUAUUUUAUUUAUUUCUUUCACUCCUUUGUAUUUGUAUUUUUUAUUUAUUUUCUUCACUCUUAAUAUAAUAUAAUUUUUAUUUUCAUUUUUUUAUUCUUCAUUUUUUUCUCUCUGUGAAGGUUCUUUCUCUCUCUUAUAACAGGAUACAGAACAAAAAAGCACGAUGUCCACCUCUGCCGCGGCCCAUGUGUUUGUGCAGAUGUGAAUAAGGUUGAGAGAUUGCUUCGGUCGUAUAUCGUGAGGCUGUUUUUGUGAAGUAGCGGAUGAACCCUAUUUGUGCUUAAUUACCCAAAAUGAUGUCGUUUAAAUUUUUUUUCCUUUUUUUUUUUUUUUUUUGUGUGAGUAAUUUACUUUUUGCAAAACUUUAAUACUAUUACGUAAAGAAUAUUUGGUAGCAUUUUAGUAUAUUUAUCUAUCCCGAUUCUUUAUUUGCACAAUUUUUCAAAAUUACGGAUUUUUGAAACCAACUUUUGAUGAUUUUUUUUUUCACCCAUUAUUCUACACACUGACACAGCUGUUUUCAUUUCAUUUUCAUCCCCCAAAACCUGAAAACCAGUCCAAACCUAAAACCCAAAACCCUAUAAAUGUCUUCUUCGCUCGCUAUUCGCCACGUCCGCCACCUCUCAACAAUUGCGGCCUUUGCCGCUGCCACUGACGCCGCAUUCUCCAUCUUCAAGGCCAUAGCAAAACUCAAAACAGAAUUCGAUCCAGACAAAGCCUUCGAGAUCUAUUCCUCUGUCUCCGGCCACUACGCCUCUCCUUUCUCCGCCCGCUUCACUCAGAAAUUCACCGUUAAGCGCCUUGAGAAGUCUCACCAAUUCUCCUACAUCGAAAACCUAAUCGAGUCCCUCAAAAAUAACCCCGAAAUCACCCAAGAACCCUACCUCUCUAGCGUCAUUCGAGCGUACGGCUCUGCCGGCAUGUUCGAUCACUCCCUCAAAACAUACAAUCAAAUGGAGGAACUGGGCACACCCAGAACUGCUAUCUCAUUCAAUGCUCUUCUUGCGGCGUGUAACGAAUCGAAGCUAUUCGAUCAAGUACCCCAACUGUUCGAGGAAAUGCCUCAAAAGUUCGGAUUUUUACCUGAUAAAUUCUCUUAUGAUAUAUUGGUUAAGUCUUACUGCAAUUCGGGUUCGACUGAUUUGGCAAUUUUGAGAAUGAAAGAAAUGGAAGAGAAAGGAAUCGAAAUUUGGACAAUCACGUUCACGACGAUAAUGCAUGCUCUGUAUAAGGAGGGGAAGAGUGAUGAGGCUGAGAGAAUUUGGAAUGAGAUGGUGGAAAAAGGGUGUUCGCCUGAUGUCGCGGCAGACUAUGUUCGGAUAAUGCAUAUCGGCGGUGGCAUUGUAGGGUUGAAACCAAACACCAUUACUUACAAUUUUUUGAUGGCUUGUUGUUGUAAGCAUGGGAAGUUGGAAGUAGCUGAGAAGGUUUACCGAGGAUUGAAGGGAAAUGGGUGUCAUCCGAAUGUUUCGACUUUUAGGACUUUGAUAUAUUAUUUGUGCAGGAAUGGGAAUCAUGAGAAGGGGUAUGAGGUGUUUAAGGACAGUGUGAAGUGUCAUAAGUUUCCCGAUUUCAAUACGUUGAAGCCUUUGGUGCAAGGGUUGGUGAAGAAAUCUAAAAGGAAGGAGGCCAAAGAUUUGAUUCGGACUAUGAACCCUUCUAACCUUUUGAAUGCUUGGAAGAGACUCGAGGAGGAUCUCGGUUUGGCAGCUGCUGAUUCUUCUGUUGAAAACCAAGAGGAAGGAGGCAAAGGGUUUGGUGAUUUGGUGGAAGGGUUGGUGAAGAAACCGAAAAGGAAGAAGGCCGAAGGGUUGAUUCGGAGUACAAAGGGGUUCCCUUCUAACCUUUUGAAUGCUUGGAAGAGACACUAGGAGGAUCUUGGUUUGGCAGCUGCUGAUUCUUCUGGUGAAAACCAGUCCUUCUGCAACUAGAGUGAUUCACUUUGCCUGAAUUUUGAGUUUCAGGGAUGAUGUGAUACUGUGAAAUUCAUUCCAGAGCUUCCAUUGAAUGCUUGGAAGAGACACUAGGAGGAUCUUUCGUAGCUAUCCUUUAUGAGUAAAGAUUUGUCAAGCCAAUGCUAUUGUUGAUAUGAAUGUUAACAAUAUCAUCCGAUGGAUAUAAUCUGGCUCAAAAAGUAACUCUUGUUCUAUAUUUUCUAUAAUAUGUCUACUAGUUUUCGCAUGA